AUGCCCGUCUCCGCGGACCGGCUCAUCACUCUACUGACCCAGCUGACAGCCUGCAUGCCCUUCGGCGUGGCAUCACCAACGAACGAAAGCGUGCCUGCACCUCGACUGGCUGGAUUCGCAGUCACCGGAUAUUUGCCCUCGGGUGAGUCACGACAGAUGGUGCUUGAUCCACCCUUCCCAGCUGCGGAUCGUUUUGACUUCAAGUGCUAUCUCGACAAUGCCAUGGCUGAAUUCGACCUGCUAUUGCAACCUGAACUCUAUGCAGUGCUCUCCGAGCUGUUUGAAGAUGGUUCCGAAGUGACCAGCCACUCCCAUCUAAGCAGAGUUGCAGUCGCUGAGGGGCAGGAGAAGGUCUUCUCCAUCAGUCUGUCCAGCAUGCAUAGCAGAGAGGUGUCCCAGUACACCUUGCGAGUGAAGCGUCGACUUGGCUUCUCCACAGAGCUUGAAAAUCUCGAUUUGAAGACCGGAAGGAUACAAGAGCGCUUCCAUCAGCAGACCACGAACACAGUGUAUCAUGCGUCUCAAAACUUCACAGAGGAUUUCGCACAUGUCGAGUGCACCAAGCUGGAUAGUGGACAGAACAUAAGCUGCGAAAUAGACGCAGGAGAAACGUAUGGAGCUUCGAAUCCCUCCGAUGCGGACUUGCUGCUCUUCCCCGAGAGGUAUACACCCGCCUUGGAGAAAAGCUUCGGAAUGUCAGUCACAAGCACAGACCGGGUUGUUGGUUGCACGGCUCCGGUUGACUCGUGGCGACAAGUUACUAUCAACAUAAGCAUUGCGUCGGCUGACAGAACGCAAACGAAGCAUUUGAGGCUCAUCAUUAAGCGAGACGGCUGCAAAGAUGGUACUUUUUUCCACAACGGAAGAUGUGCUCGGCAUUGUCCAACCUUUUUCUACCAGCAGGAGUUCAAUCGAAGAUGUGGAGCUUGUGGAAGCAACUGUGAGUUGUGCGAGCAUUAUGCAAAAUGUACACGAUGCCAGUUGGAUACACGCUGGCGCACUUACAAGCUUGCAGAAGGAGGGGAUUGUACUGCGGUGCCAAUACACAUCAACAGGAUCUACUACUUUGCCACCUGGUACUUGGGCCUCAGCUGCACUGUCCUCAUGGCGUUGUACAUCACAAUCUGCGUCUUUCGUUGCCUGCUUUUCAGGAAUGACAAGGCAGCACUGCAGCACCAAGCAUCGUCUGCGGUGCAGGACAUCGACCACUUGACGGAGGAGGAGACGGUUCCCCUCACGUUCUGGAUGUUCUCCUUGCGCCAUGGCAACAUUGGCAUGAAUCUUGCGCCAGGCCGCAUGGCGUCCUUCUCGUCGAAUGUUCCCUCGCGCCAUGCGCAGUACGGAGAGCACUGGGGCGAGGGUGCAGCGCGUUGCUUCAGCCUAGAAGCCGACAUCCUUGACGAGGACCAUGCGGUGCGCCUCAUGCCAGUUCCGGACAGUUUCGUCUGUCCGAUCUCAGCAGCGAUCAUGGUGGACCCUGUUGCGACAGUGGACGGCUCCGUCUACGAAAGGAACUACAUCGAAAGGUGGUUCCGGGAAAAGCGGCAGGAGGGAAAUCGCAUCACAUCGCCAAUCACAGGGCUAGAGCUGCCUUCGGCUACCUUGAUGCCUCUAGUGGCGCUGCAGCGUGCCAUCGAAGCAUACUUGGCCCAUCGGCCUGAGCUGAAGCGGGAACAAAUGGCAGGUCGUUCGUUUGAGGAAGCGGCCCAAAUCCUGCAGACUGACCUCUUCGAAAAGCAGGCCGCUCACGCUAGCACGCAAGACAAGCUGAAGAGGUUGAAGCAGGCCAACAAGGCUCUUCUGCGUGCCUUGCACGAGGCAGAGGAGCGCAUCUUGCAUUUGGAAAGCCAAUGCACCGGCCAAACCUCUUCUCCGUUCAAAGUGGCAGCCGAGGCAUCCGCGACCGCAGCCACGCGCGCGUCCAAGCCAGCCCCUCCAAUGCGGAGACCGCCAGGACUCGCCAAAGACGGUGCGGCUAGCUCAGGUGACGAAGGCGAGACUUUGCCGGACAUGCCAACGGCUUCGCAAGGCAGAGUGCUCGUGCGGUGGCCAGGACACUCCACGUUGGUCUUGCUCGGAGGUGUCCUCCUUGCGCUGCUCUGUGUGGUGGCUGUGGUGGCGAUGCCCAGAGUGUCUGCCCCCGCUUCGCAGCCACUGCCGCUCGUUCUCGGGGCGCCAGGGCUCAGCCACGAGCCGCAGAGGCAGCAGACGGAUGUGAAUCCUGCUCUUGCAAUGCAGUUGGAGCAGCUGCAGGGUGGCAGCACUGAGGAGAAGCAAAAGGCUGUUUUCAUGUUGCGAAUAUUCGCGGCAGAGCAUGCAGAGAAUCAGGCUGCAGUGGUUCAUUCCGGUGGCUUGCUGCCUCUCGUGGGGCUCCUGCAGCACGACGCGUCCGGACUGCGAGAAGAAGCAGCUCGUGCUCUGUGGAAUCUCGCCCGAAACAACAAGGAAAUCAAUGCCGCGAACCAGGUAGCCAUCAGCCGCGCCGGUGCUAUCCCGCCGCUCGUGCGAUUGCUGGACGAUGACGAGCAGAGGAUACGUGUGGUCGCUGCAGCCGUUCUGAAUGAUUUGGCUGCAGACAACUCUGAGAACCAAGUCGCAAUUGCCCAGGGAGGUGCAAUCGGUCCUCUGGUGCGAAUACUCAAGCGUGAUGAGGCCCCUGCGCUUGUCAUGGCAGCGAGCCUUCUCAAGAACUUGGCGGCUUCAACAGCUGGCGACUCCCAGGUGACUGCCGCAUUGAUGUCUGCGGUACCGCCUCUGGUGGCACUUCUGCGGGCCGACACCCUACUGGCCCAAGAGCAGGCGUCCUCUACACUGGGGGCGCUUGCAGCACAUAGCCGCGGGAUUCAGGCUGCCAUCGCCCGAGAAGGGGCGGUGCCUCCUUUGGUCGAACGGCUGCAUGGAGACAUGAUGAAGGGCACUGCUAUCGUGGCACUGCGAAAUCUGGCUGCUCAGCAUGCUGAGAACCAAGCUAGCAUUGCCAAGGCAGGGGCAAUCGUGCCGCUGGUCAAGCUUCUCGAAGAUGGCAUGCCCGCUGUGCGCGAGGAGGCUGCGCAAGCCCUUUGGAACCUCGCACAAGACAACGUGGAGAAUCAGUUGGGAAUCGUGCGCGCUGGAGGUUCUGCACCCAUGGUUGCACUCCUCAAGGGAGACACGCAGGAGCAGGCCACCCUCACCUUGCUGGGCCUGUCUGACAUGGCCGGCACGGGGUAA